UAGAAUGUGGUGUGGAUGAACCUGCCUCCCACACCCACCCAGAUCCUUCAGACUCCCUUGGCCCCAAGGGGAACCUUCUUGACUUCCACAUCCAGGGGACGCUAUUGGACUCCAGAUUCCCGUAACUUGCUGUAUCUCAGACCUGGAGUCCUGGCCCAGGGCCUCGGGUUGCAGUUGUCUGGCCCCGCCCUCACUGGUCAUCCUGGGCUGGGCCAGACGGGAUAUAAACCAGCGAGUGCUCUUGGUGCCCAGCACUUGGAAUAUCUCCCAAGUCGGAGCUCACACAGCCUUUGGACUUCUUUGCCCCGCCCCAGAGGUCGCCCUAGCAACCAGCAUCCCAGCCAAUCAGCACUCGGGACUGCUAGCACUGUGGGAGCUAUGGAGGUAGUCAGAAGAGCCCUGAUUGUACUGGCCCACUCUGAGAGGACAUCCUUCAACUACGCCAUGAAAGAGGCUGCUGCAGAGGUUCUAAAAAGGGAUGGAUGGGAGGUGGCCGAGUCCGACCUCUAUGCCAUGAACUUCAAUCCCAUCAUUUCCCGAAAGGACAUCACAGGUAAACUUAAGGACCCCGAGAAAUUCCAGUAUACUGUCGAAUCUUGUCUAGCGUAUAAAGAAGGCUGCCUGAGCCCAGAUAUUGUGGCUGAACAAAAGAAACUGGAAGCUGCUGACCUUGUGAUAUUUCAGUUUCCACUGCAGUGGUUUGGAGUCCCUGCCAUACUGAAAGGCUGGUUUGAGCGAGUGUUGGUAGGAGAGUUUGCCUACACAUAUGCUGCCAUGUAUGACAAGGGGCCUUUCCGGAAUAAGAAGGCCAUCCUUUCCAUCACCACUGGUGGUAGUGGCUCCAUGUACUCCCUUCAUGGUGUCCACGGGGACAUGAACAUCAUUCUCUGGCCAAUUCAGAGUGGUACUCUGCAUUUUUGUGGCUUCCAAGUCUUAGAACCACAACUGACAUAUAGCAUUGGGCACCUUCCACAAGAUGCCCGAACUCAGGUCCUGGAAGGAUGGAAGAAACGCCUGGAGAACAUUUGGGAUGAAACACCACUGUAUUUUGCUCCAAGCAGCCUCUUUGACCUGGACUUCCAGACAGGAUUUUUAUUGAAAAAAGAGGUUCAAGAUGAGCAGAAAAACAAGAAAUUUGGCCUUUCUGUGGGCCAUCACCUGGGCAAGUCCAUUCCAACUGACAACCAGAUCAAAGCCAGAAAAUAAGAUUCAAUAAGACUUGAUUUCUAGGAUUUUUUUUCUUUUAGUUUCAUGGAUUGCUUUAGUUUUUAAGAUUUAGAUUUUUCUCUUUUUUUUCCUCACAAAGAAUGAAAAGGAGAAGAAAUAGACUGCAUUUAUAUAUUUUUGGAUCAUUUUUCUAUUAUAUGCAACUGAUUCUUAAUGGUUGCUAUCAUGACAUAUAACCAAAAUAUGAUUAGGUGCCAGAAGCCACUUGGAAUGUAGAGAGAAAAGUAUAGAUAGAUGGUAGAUACUAGAAAAUAUUCUUUAAGGUCAUAUACACAAUUUAAUUCCCUUUUAAAGGGCUAAAUGGCUAGAUAACAUCCAAUUCUCUAAAGAUAACUUUCUUUUAAUUACCUCUCUGUGGUUUAUGGCAGAAGGGAAUUGCUUAGAGAAACAAGUGACUGAAUCCCUGUAGCCUAAGGAACUGAACUUGCUUACUAGUUAGCAUUAGCUUGUUUAUGAUACAUAUUGGUUUCAGUUACUUCACAGUGACUAAUGCACCUCAUGUAUUACUCUUCCUUCAGCUUCUGUUUAUAUAUAGUACACAGAUUCGUUGAAAUGAGUAGUUAAUAAAAGUCUCUUCUUUACAUCAAUCUUCUAAUUCAGUGUUUGCAGAAAUCAGCAUUUUCACAACCUACACCUACUCUGAGUGAAUUUAAAAAAGGAAAUAGUACUUUCAAUAGUUAACAGUAGCCUUCCACAAAAACAAAAACGAAAACGAAACAAAAAAAGACCAAAAUUUUAUUUCUGAUCUUUUAGACUUCCAAAAGGUUAUUUUCUGUGUCAUUGCUAAAAUUAUGACUUUCUUUUGAAGGAUAUUUUUUGUUUUGUUUUGUUUUGUCUUGGCACUGGGGAUUGAACCCAGGGAUGCUUACCACUGAGCUACAUCCCGGCCACCCCUUCUUUUUUUUAAAUUUUCUUUUUAGUUGUAGAUUGACACAAUACCUUUAUUUUAUUUAUUUUUAUGUGAUGCUGAGGAUCAGACCCAGUGCCUCACACAUGCUAAGUAAAUGCUCCACCACUGAACUGUAACCGGAGUCCUACCCAGUCCUUUUUUUUUUUUUUUUUUUAGAGACAAAUUGCUGAGGUUGGCCUUGAACUUGCAAUUAUCCUGCUUCAGCUUCCUCAGUAGCUGGGAUUACAAGAAAAUGUACCCCCACACCUACUAAAGAUGUUUUUAUCCAUGACUUUUGGGCUAGAGUUGUAGGCCUAGAGUUAUUAACUUUGAUGAAUAAUUUUGGUGUAGAAUUUAUUUAUUUUUUGAUGUUGGGGAUCGAACCCAGGGCCAUAUGCAUGUUAAGCAGCAAGUGUUCUACCAAACUAUGUUCCCAGCCCCCGAUUUAGGUAUAAUACAUUUCCCAUUUAAAUUAUUGAAAUGCAUCUCUUCCUAUUGUUGGCACAACUCAAAGUCAAAUAUGAUAAAAGGCUGCCCUCUUGUGGUGCACUGCAAGAAAAAUAAAGAGAAAUGAUGCAAAAGCAGGUGGCCUGAAAACAGGAAAUAAGGGCUGACCUGGUAAGGAAAUGAUGUCAUGGGGACGAUCAGGAGAAAUUCCUUCACCAGAUGCAGACUACCACUGGAUGUCUGCUCCUCAACAAUAUCCACAAUGCCAGAUGGCUAGGUGUUUUAGUGUGAAAUUGUUUUCCAUUGCUUUCCUCAUCACUGCAAUUUUGUGUAAAUUUCUGAACGUUCUAAAUUAAAUCAAUAAAAUUCAUUUUUACAAAA